AUGUCGGAUAUUGAGGCACCACUAGUACGUCCAAAGAGAAAGAAGAUUUGGGUUGAUUACUUUGUCCAAUUCCGAUGGAUCGUCGUCAUCUUUGUCGUCCUUCCUAUCUCUGCAACAUUGUACUUCCUCACCUAUCUUGGGGAUGUUUGGUCAGAAAUGAAGUCCUAUGAGAAACGUCAAAAGGAACAUGACGAAAAUGUUAAGAAAGUCAUCAAACGACUUAAGGGGAGGGAUGCAGCAAAGGACGGGCUCGUUUGCACCGCGCGUAAACCGUGGAUUGCGGUAGGAAUGAGGAACGUGGACUACAAGAGAGCUCGACAUUUCGAGGUCGACUUGUCUGCUUUCCGUAACAUCUUAAAGAUUGAUAAAGAUAGAAUGAUUGCUAGGGUGGAGCCUCUUGUGAACAUGGGACAAAUUACCCGUGUCACCAUUCCAAUGAACCUGUCCCUUGCUGUUGUUGCUGAGCUCGAUGAUCUUACCGUUGGCGGACUUAUCAACGGCUAUGGUAUUGAAGGAAGCUCUCACGUCCAUGGUUUGUUUACAGACACUGUUGAGGCUUACGAGAUUGUUCUAGCGGGAGGGGAACUUGUCCGGGCCACUAGGGACAAUGAGUAUUCUGACGUUUUCUAUGCCAUUCCAUGGUCACAAGGGACACUCGGGUUCCUCGUUGCUGCCGAGAUCAGGCUUGUACACAUCAAAGAAUACAUGAAACUUACUUACAUCCCAGUCAAGGGUGAUUUACAAACAAUAGCUCAAGGUUAUAUGGAUUCUUUUGCACCCAGAGAUGGGGAUCCAACUAAAAUCCCAGAUUUCAUUGAAGGCAUGGUUUACAGUUCAACUGAAGGCGUAAUGAUGACGGGUAAAUACGCUUCCAAAGAAGAGGCCAAGAAGAAAGGGAACAAGAUUAAUAAUGUUGGAUGGUGGUUCAAGCCAUGGUUCUACCAGUAUGCACAAACCGCAUUGAAGAAAGGAGAAUUCGUCGAAUACAUCCCAACCCGAGAAUAUUACCAUAGGCACACUAGUUCCUUGUACUGGGAAGGUAAGCUUAUCCUUCCAUUUGGUGACCAGUUCUGGUUUAGGUUCCUCUUUGGCUGGUUGAUGCCUCCAAAGGUCUCCCUUCUUAAGGCCACUCAAGGUGAAGGCAUCAGAAAUUACUAUCAUGAAAUGCACGUCAUCCAAGACAUGCUUGUUCCUCUCUACAAAGUCGGUGAUACCCUUGAAUGGGUCGACCGUGAAAUGGAGGUUUAUCCAAUUUGGCUUUGCCCUCACAAAGUCUUCAAACAACCGGUUAAAUGCAUGAUUAACCCCGAACCAGGCUUUGAGUAUGAUAUGAGACAGGGAGACACAGAAGAUGCACAGAUGUACACUGAUGUUGGAGUCUACUAUGCUCCAGGUCCUGUCCUGAGAGGUGAAGUGUUUGAUGGAGUUGAAGCUGUGCGUAAGAUGGAGCAAUGGCUGAUAGAAAACCAUGGCUUCCAACCUCAAUACGCGGUGUCUGAGCUCGAUGAGAAGAGCUUUUGGAGAAUGUUUGACGCUGAAUUGUAUGAGCAUUGCCGUAGGAAGUACAGAGCUAUAGGCACAUUCAUGAGCAUUUAUUACAAGUCGAAGAAGGGAAAAAAGACGGAGAAGGAAGUUCGUGAAGCCGAGCAAGCUCAUCUUGAAACAGCCUACGCCGAGGUAGAUUAA